AUGUGCCUGAUCUGCAAAUUAGUUGGUUCCAGAGCAACCUUCUACAAACAACCUGAUGGCAUGGGAACUCCAGACGGCGCAUGUGGCUAUAAAGAUUACGGAAGAACUGUCAAUGACGGCGCUGUCUGCACUGUGUAUAACAAGCUUUUCAAUAAUGGAGCUGGUUGCGGUUCAUGCCACAACGUAAUAUGCACGAAUAAAGCACUGUGCAACAGCGCAGGAACAAAGGUUGUCACAACUGACAAUGGGGGAAGACCACCUGGAUCAGAUUUCAUUUGUAGCUACCUGGCAUUCACGAAAUUAGCUAGGCCCGGCAAGGAAUCAGAGCUCAUCAAAAAAGGCGUGAUCGACGUAAUAUACGAAAAAGUUCCAUGCAAUUACCCCAAAAAUCUUAUCAUCAAAAUCACUGAUCAGAGCAGCAAUCCUUGGUACCUAGGCUUUGCAGUGCUCAACCAGGGCGACGUCCAAACCGUGGAGGUGUACGAUAUGGGAAGAAAGGCGUGGAUAGCUAUGCGCAGAGUUUACGAUGGUGUUUUUGACCUUUCAAAUCCGCCGGAAGGAGCACUGAAAGUGAGGUUUACAAUAGAGCCCACCAUGGAAGAUCGCAUUCAGCGACUGGAAGCGAUUGUGAUCGAAAUAAACAGCAAAAUUGACAAUCGAUUCCAAACUACGCAGGAUUCAGUCAACAAGCUGUCUGCACAGUUUGGGAGUCUUAGAGGGGAGUUGAUGCAGCUCCUCAGUCUCAAUCAACCAGCUCCUCUAGUAAUGGGUCAGUCACCGGGAUAG